CUUCACAAGUUCACAUUCCGGCGGAGGAGCAUCAAGUGAGCACUUUUCGUCUGACAAUAGAAGUGUCCGUCCGCAAUUCUCCGCACCGCUUCACGAAUCAUGGAGCGGUCCUUCUUGAUGGUGAAGCCCGACGGCGUCCAGCGUGGUCAGGUCGGCGAAAUCAUCCGCCGCUUCGAGGCCAAGGGAUUCAAGCUGGUCGCCAUGAAGUUCGUGUGGGCUUCCGAGGACCUGCUCAAACAACACUACGCCGACCUCUCGUCCAAGCCCUUCUUCCCAGGGCUCGUCUCCUACAUGGCUUCAGGGCCUGUGGUCCCGAUGGUGUGGGAGGGAUUGGACGUGGUCAAGACCGGCCGCGUGAUGCUGGGCGCCACCAACCCUAAGGAUUCCGCCCCCGGCACCAUCAGGGGCGAUCUUUGCAUCGACGUCGGCCGCAACAUAAUCCACGGAUCAGACUCCGUCGAGUCCGCCAACAAGGAAAUCGCCUUGUGGUUCAAGCCCGAGGAGAUCUUCCAGUGGCAGUCCGCCUGCCACGCCUGGAUCUACGAGUAGAUCCGCUCGCCAUUUAUUGUGCAAAUUUUCCUCAAACGACCAACGGGUAUAUCAAAAUAAAGCUUCGACAAAGGACUUGACGCCAAAACAUAA